AAAGUAUCAACCAGUUCGACGUAGAUCGGUGGUAUAAAUUCAGAGUACCUAUGGCAUCCAGCAUCAGUGCGGUUUACAAUUCAUAUAAACAACAUGAUGCUGAAGUUACUACCAAUUGUGGUUGUGUUAAUACAUUUGGUCGAAUCGAAUCCACAAUUUGGUGCUUUCGGGAAUUCUGCCGCUGCUGCCGGUGGAUUACUGAAUAAAGCUCCAGGUGUUGGUCAAGCAAGUGGAUUAGCGACGGGAGCAGUCAAUACGGCUGCGAAUGCAGGUGGACGCAUAGCGGAUUCGUUGAAAGGACUGAUUGAAAAUUUCGGUGACUUUAAAACCAUUUUCAAAAAGAAUUACAUCAGUGAAGCCGAAGAGAGACUACGUGGUGAAAUAUUCAAGGCAAAUCUUGCUUUCAUUGGCGAUCACAAUGAACUGUUCAAGCAAGGCAAGCAAACAUUCUCGUUGGCAAUAAACUUCUUCGGCGACUGGACUCAUGACGAAUAUCUCGAAAUUUUGGGAGUCGAUCUAUCACAAGCGCCAGACAAUAGCGUUGAUACAUCAUCGAAGCGUAAAACUCGUGCAGCCAAUUGUGAUUCACCCGACGAAUUAGAUUGGAGGAAAAAGGGAGCCGUCACUCCGGUGAAGAAUCAAAUGAAAUGUGCCUCAUGCUGGGCAUUCGCUGCUGCUGGAGCUCUGGAGUCUCAUUUCUUUAUCAAAAAUCACAAACUUGCCAAUUUCUCCGAACAACAGUUUGUUGAUUGUUCGAUUAGCGAAGGAAAGGGUUGCAAGAAGGGUUUCAUGAACACGGCCUUCGAAUACAGCACAAAGAAUGGUCUUAUCACAGACGACAAAUAUCCAUACAAAGGCGCCGAAAACGGAAAGUCCAACAGCUGCAACAAAUUCCCCAGUAAGUUGAAGAUCCAACGAUACGAAACGAUUCCAAAGGGUAACGAGGAGGAGCUCAGAGAUGCUGUAUGUCGUUUUGGACCAGUAUCUGUUGCUCUGGAUGCAUCAUCCGAAAAGUUUAUGCAUUACAACAGUGGAAUCUAUCGGAAUUCGGAGUGCAGCACCACUAAGACUACCCAUGGCGCUUUAGUGGUUGGCUACGGUUUCGACGAAAACACCGAAGAGGCUUUUUGGAUUCUUAAGAACUCGUACAGUGAUACAUGGGGCGAAGACGGAUAUGUUCGCAUUCCACGAGACUUCAACAACCAUUGCGGCAUCGCUAACUUGGCUUCUUAUCCGAUUGUUUAGGACUUGAAUUUUGUUUUACUUUUGCACUAACAAUGUAGCCUGUCAGAAUGAUAGGUUUUUCUUUGUUAAUAAAAGCACCAUGCAGACGUUUUUAACGCACAGUAU